AAUGGCUAUGUUUCUUUUCCUGUGCAACAAAAACAGACUGUAUUCCAACAGUUGCCCAUAGCAUCUUUUAAAACUUGAGCUGAUAUUCAGGAACAAAUGCAACACUAUAAAAUGUAUUUAGUUUUGCAGCCUAAAGAAAGACCAGAGGACACCACCAGCAUCACCAGCGCCACUGACUCUGAAUUUAAGCUACAGCUGAAACGCUAUAUGUGCAGCUCUCCAAGCCAGAGCGGAACAGAGGAUGCCCCAAACUGCAAAAUAUGCCCCAAUGACUGGGAACUGCACAGGAACACCUGCUACUGGAUCUCUCAAGGGCAAAAAACCUGGACCGAGAGCCAAGAUGACUGCAAAGGAAAGAACUCCACCUUGAUUGUGAUUCGGGACCAGCAGGAGAUGCUCCAAGGCUCUGGGAAGAACUUGGCGCAUAAUUUCCCGCUGCUCCCGUCCUGCGCUGUCCUGUCCUGCGAGGCGCUGCCAAAUUCUCAGCCUCAACGCGAAAGAGAAGCAGUCGCUCGGAAAGUCAAGCCUCGGCUUCUUCUCUACGCUCGGAGAGGAAACUCAGUAGCCACUCCCCUCUCCCCCCCCCCUCCCCACUCUCUUUCAGACAACUUCUCAGAAUUGCCCCAGCCACAACUCCGCUUCAGCCCUCAUGCAAGACAAGGCGUCCCUCCCCUUUGCUUCUUAUGUGCCCUUCAAACACCACGCAGAAGACCUUCUCGGUAG